AUGGCGCGCGACGAGCCUCUUCUGGCUCAGCGUCCUUCUUCGGAGAACUCGUCGAUUCGGAAUGCCGAAGAGGAGGACGCCCUGCUCACCGGAGAACGCACCAACCGCAGCCGCCAGGACCGUCAUCCAUGGGCCUUUUGGCGAGAGGUCGGUCUCUUCACCUGGGCGCUCCUAGCCACAACUGCCGUUAUCGUUCUCGCGGUCGUCUACCAGCAUGACACCGGCCGAACCAACCCCGAUUCCAAGCCCUCCUGGGGACCCGGAGGCAAGCCGACCGGCAAACGCAACCUCAUCUUCAUGGUCUCCGACGGAAUGGGCCCGACAAGUCUCUCUAUGACGAGAGGUUAUAGACAAUUCACGGAGGGGCUGCCCAUCGACGACAUCUUGGUGCUGGACGGCCAUCUGGUCGGAACGUCGAGGACGAGAUCGAGUUCCAGCCUCGUGACGGAUUCCGCAGCCGGUGCGACUGCCUUCUCGUGCGGCUUCAAGAGUUACAACGGUGCGAUCUCUGUGCUACCCGACCACUCCCCCUGUGGCACCGUGCUCGAGGCUGCUUCUCUGGCCGGCUACAAGACCGGUCUCGUGGUGACGACUCGUAUCACCGAUGCCACGCCCGCCUGUUUCGCUUCGCACGUCAACCGGCGCCAGUAUGAGGACCGUAUUGCGGAGCAGGAGAUCGGUGAGCACCCGCUAGGGCGCGUGGUUGAUCUUAUCCUCGGUGGUGGCCGCUGCCAUUUCCUGCCCAACUCCACCGACGGCAGCUGCCGAGCAGACGAUCGGGAUCUGGUCAGUAUCGCGAAGGAGAAGGGGUUCAGUUAUCUCGAUGACCGGAAGGGCUUUGACUCGCUGAACGGUGGAUCGGAGGCCAAGCUGCCGCUGCUGGGUCUGUUCGCAGAGAAGGACAUCCCGUUCGAGAUCGACCGUCGCACGCAGAAUGACGUCUACCCUUCCCUGGAAGAGAUGGCUCGCACUGCGCUCAAGAUUCUCAGCGAUGCUACUGCUGAUAGCGAGCAAGGGUUCUUCUUGCUGAUUGAAGGCUCCCGUAUCGAUCAUGCGGGGCAUGGAAACGACCCUGCGGCCCAGGUGCACGAGGUCCUUGCCUACGAUAAGGCGUUUGCCGCUGUGUUGGAGUUCCUCGAACAAGACUCGACUCCCGGCGUGGUGGUCAGCACUUCUGACCACGAAACUGGUGGGUUGGCGGCAGCACGCCAGCUGCACUAUACGUAUCCGGAGUACAGAUGGCUUCCUGGCGUCCUCGCCAAUGCCAGCCACUCUACCGAAUACGUCGACGGCAAGCUCCAGGAAUACCUGGCUACCAAGACCAGCAAGAGCAGCCAGCGAUCCUAUGCCCGGGAGCUGCUGGAAAAGGGCCUGGGGAUUACAGACGCAACCGACGAGGAAGUUGAUGCUCUCAUUGACGAUGACUAUCCAGUAGCCUCCCAGUAUGUAUUCGCAGAUAUCAUCAGCCGACGAGCACAGAUCGGCUGGUCGACCCACGGCCAUUCUGGCGUGGACGUCAACAUCUAUGCCUCUUCAACGAAAGAUGCCUGGCCUCUGGUGGGCAACCACGAGAACACCCAAGUCGGCAACUUUCUGGCAGACUACCUCGACCUCGAUGUGGAUAGCAUCACCAAGCGCCUGCAGUCAUCCGGCUCCUGGGCCCCAGCGGACGCGCAUCCCGCCUCCUCCGCCGCCCGACCCUUCACCUGGCUGGGCGACCCGCUGAGCGAAGACGUCCGCACCGAGGGCCUGGACACCUACCACGGCGAUUUCCGGAAACGCGGUCUGGACGUGGACGGCGAGGAGGGAUGCGACUGUGGAGGAGUGCACUGA